AUGAACUCCAUCCAAAAGAUUAACGCCAUCAACCAGAAGGAAUUGGCGACAAACACAUCGUACAAAGCUUCGUGGCACUAUGACUACAGAGAUACAAACUACAUCUACAUAGGCAAUAUAGCAUCUGACAUCGAAGAAAAGGAUAUCAUCACCAUAUUCUCGCAGUAUGGAGUGCCGACCCAUAUCAACAUGAUCAAGGAUAAGGAGACAGGCAGACAUCGCGGGUUUGCCUUCUUGAAGUAUGCUAAUAUGAAGAGCUGUGUUCUAGCAGUAGACAACUUCAAUGGAGUAGUAGUCUAUGAGAGAAAGUUAAGAGUAGACCAUACCUACUACAAACUAAAGAAGGAUGAAAACGAAGACGAUUUUUUGAUAGACUACAGUGAAGUGAGAAAACAACAGCUGGAAAAGAAGGAGACGAAACGUAUAGAAGGAAAGAAACAAGAGUCUAUAACUGCAGUUUCUGAUACUAUAGAUGAUGAAUUUAAGGAUCCGAUGGCUGAUCACAUAGCGCAAGCUGCAAAUGAAGAUGAGGAGUUUAAGGAUCCAAUGGCUGACUAUGUUAAGAAGGAUAGCCACAAACGUCACAGAGAGCAUAGAUCCAGAGAACACAGGCAUCGACACCAUAGUCGUCAUGGGCACGAUCAUAGAUCUGAUAGGAAGUCAGAACAUACAUCAAGGGAUAGAAGCCCUACCAGAGAAUAA